CCAACGGUUGAAACGGCGAGUUUGGAGGACGGCUGGCCAAGUGAAGAGGGAAAGUGGCACAGGAGUUUCUCAGGUCGUGGAUGCACACACACACACUCACACACACACACAGAGAGAGAGAGAGAGAGAGAGAGAGAGAGAGAGAGAGAGAGAGAGAGAGAGAGAGAGAGAGAGAGAGNGAGAGAGAGAGAGAGAGAGAGAGAGAGAGAGAGAGAGAGAGAGAGAGAGAGAGAGAGAGAGAGAGAGAGAGAGAGAGAGAGAGAGAGACCAGGGGGGGGGGUGUCGUAGUUGAUCGGUGGGAGGGCCGUGCACGAUGUGGAGCACGAUUUCAAGCUUGAAGGAUAACAUAUCGCAGAUCGCGUCCGAUGUAUUGGAUACAGCGCAAGAAUUGGAAGCUGGUGGGAACUACAGGGACGCGGACGGUAAUGAUGGACCGCCCGCGCUGUCCGUCUUCUCUCCUGUUCGAGAACAAGCAGAUGAAGAACGAGAGGCGCAGCUUAAUUGGUACAAGGCAGAGGUUCGUCGGCUUGCGGAGUCGGAGACGGAGAUCCAGGCGCUGUCUAUGAAUUACGUCAAGUUGUUGAAGGAAAAAGAGGAAGAAGUGCGAAGUCUUUGGACGCUUAGCGAGGAGCUGAAGGCGAAGUUGGCCACAAAUGAUGCAGAGCGAGCUAGAAAGGAAGCUGAAAACUGUCGUGCUGAGAUUGAACAACUCAAACGGCAAAAUGCGGCUCUCACGGAGGAGCUCAAGCGGGCUAGGGAAAUCCAGCAGGAGCAAAUUGCGUCAUUGCAAGAGCGUCACCAAAAGCGUAUGGAGAGUCUCCUUGCCCGUCACAAGCGGGAGCUGGCAUCCGUACAUGUACAGACAGUUGCACAGUCAAGUGAAAACGAACAAGGUCCUCAUGCAUCCAAAGAUUCACCAGCUGGAGAUGAGAGCACUGAUGGUUGUGCAGAUGUGGCUGGGUUAACAGAACAAGUCAGACAGCUUAAGCAGCAGAUUGAAUGGGCUCGGGAGAGAGAAAAGGAGCUAGCUGAUCAGGUUGUGGAGAAAGAUAAUUUGUACGGACGCCUGAAGGAUACGCAUGAAACGGCGCUUGCCGAACUUCAAGCAAUGAAAGUGUCAUUGGAGAAUGAAAAGGCGGCUGUAGAGGAUGUUGGCGACCAACUCGAAAGAAGUCAAGUGAUGGCAGAAGCAUCAGCAAGAGAAUGCAACAUGCUGAAGGGUGAGCGCCAGCAUAUAAGGGCAGAGUGUGAACAGGCUAGACAAGAGUUGGAGAAACUGCAGCUGGAGACGAGGAGCACAAUGAAAGCAACAAUGGUUGCUCAUGAAAGGCAGCUUGCCAAUGUCCAGGCAGAGAGAGAGAGUUUGCAGAAGGAACUUGACCUUGCAAACAAAGAGGCAGAUAGAAUGCGUCUGCAGGUGAAGGCCAAAAUGUUGGCAGAUUCAGAUGAUCUGUUGAAUGGCAGAAUUGCCAAGGGCUUGCCUCCGAACGCUGCAGAACUGGAAAGUCAAGCUGAUGAGUGUUGAACAAGUUUGCAACUUUACAGAAUGCAUACAGUAAAUGGCCUCGGGGUCA